AUGUCGACUCACAUAGAAGAAAAACAAAAUGUAAAGUUCUUGAAAACUGACAAACAUGAAGCCAAACACAGUCUAACCAAAGAAGAAAUCCGACAUCAACGAUUCGUCAAAGGUUUGAAAAAGGAUAUAGAAAUUUGUUUGAGACAAUCUCUCCGUGAAAGUCGAUUCGAUUCAAGUCUAUAUAAAUCUUCUCCAAAAAAACGUUCACAAACAACGGAUCGACGAUCGAAGGCUGAUUCGAGCGUUGCAUCUUCAAAGAAAAAUCGACAACGUUCCGUGGAAUGUUUCCAACGUGGUGAAUUGCAACGUCUAAACGCUGAUGUUGACGCUAUUCUCACAGGACCAGUGAUUAAAAAAUUCUAUACUAAAUUCCUCGAGAAACCGGUACAACAGCACUCAAAAGCAAGUCCUCGAAUAAAUAUUCGUUUAUUAGAAGAAUCACUUCUACAAACAGAUGAACAAACUUAA